AGACGAAGAAGAGGGGACCCGGAAGUUGCUUCAAAAUGGCGAACAGUGAGCCCAGUAGUGACCCGAGAGAACCGGUCCUGUCCGACCCCCCGAAACUCAGCGAGCUGUUAGACCGGGGCUGGAGGAUCUAUGAGCAGGUGGAUAACUGUGCGGAACCGCCCGGGUCGAGCAGCGUCCAGCUCCGGGUCAGAACCGGGCUGGGUCUGCUGCAGGAUGCGGCCCGGAUGGUGGAGCAGCUCGACCUGUUCAGUCGGAAUGAAGACUUGGAGGAGGUGUCCACGGCUGACCUCAAGUACCUGCUUCUUCCCGCCCUGCUCGGAGCUCUCACCCUGAAGCUCACCAGCCGGGACCAGAGGCUACAGACGGUCCGGACCGCCCGGGAUCACUUCAUGGACUUCCUGACCAGGUGUAAGGAGUACCACGUGACCCGGUUCGACAUGCCGAAGAGGAGGGACGGUCCAGGUACCGACGAGGAGGCUCACCAAGGACUGUCUGCAGGAAAGGUAAAAAGAGACAUUUGUUGAUCCAAAUCUGAUCAAGUCUCAGUUUUUCAUAGAAAGACUCAUUUUCAUGAGCCCUGGACCUCCUCUGUCCCCUUACUGGGACACAAAACGGCCUUUAAACCACCACACACACAAUCACACAGGGAAGCUCAUACAGGGGAGAUGUGCUGUGACAUCUCUGAAGACUUGUACUGCCUCCAUCCCAGCCUUAACAAGUACUGGCUGGAUGUAUUUCAAACACCAUCACAGAUAUUUAUGGUGGCUGAGAACUGCCACUGCUGCAAAUAAAAAAUAAUAAAAUAAAAAAAGAAGCCACAACAGAAGUUACCGAUGCAAAAAAAAAAAAAAGAAACCAAAGCCAAUUGCAAAUUGCAUCAUUUUAUUUUCACAAUAAAUAAUUUUUUUUUCAUCACCACUUUUUUUUGCAUCGUUAACUUCCGUUGUGGCUUUUUUUUUUUUUUGAUCUGCACCGUUUUUUUUUUUUUAUUUAUUUGCAGUGGGCUUUGGUUUCUUUUCUCCUUUUUUUUUUUGCAUCCUUUUUUACAUGCAGCAGUGGCUUUUCGGCCACUGUAGAGAUUAAAUGUAAAACUGAACACAGACCCUUUGGUUGCUCUGUCGGCCUUGUUUGAGAGAAAAUACAGCAGACUGCUGGAGAACACCAAUGGUCCUGACUUUAACCUUCUUUCUGGCUGGUAGAUUAAUACUGUGCAAGUAGAGGGACGCUGCCCCGCCCACUUGUAAACAAUGGCAAAGGAACUUGGUGUCCUACUUGAAACUCCAGAAAAUCAGACACUCACUUCAACAUUUUGAUGGAAAAACUCCAGAAACCUUGGGCCCUUUUUUAAAUGCAGUCUAUGAUAUUUUGUCUGGUGAUAUAUCGUAUCGUCUCAUUUACCAAGUAUCGAUUUUUCAAAUUAGUUGAAAAAUGCUAAAUUAACUAAACAGUUGAAAAAAUUAUAUAAAUCACAAUAUUUUGUAUCGCAAGACUCACUGUAGUGCAAAAUGUUAAAAAUCACAAUAGUAUCGUAUCGUGGCCCAAGUAUUAUGAUAAUAUCGUAUCAUGUGGCCAAUAGUGACUCCCACCCCUGGUACGGUCCUCUGUGUGCAGCCACAGUAUAAAACACUGUUACCGCUGCACAAAGUUAGUCAUCAAGUGCAAUAAUCUUUGUCACACAGCUUUCUGGCACUUGCGUGGUAGAAGAAGGGAUGGGAGUGGGUCUGAUCUUUCAAGAUGAGGCUCAGUCUUCUCCUAUCUUUAUUAUGAGUCUUUGUAAACAUUAAGACAAAAAGUAGCUACCGUUAAGACCCUCUCUUUUUGAGAUAGCAUUUGUUAUGAAUUGGUGCUGUAUGAAUACAGAUCAGUGAUGAUAAAAUUACAUCAGAUAAAUAGAGUGUUAUGACCAAACUAGCGGUUAUUUAGCAGUUAUCUGUCCACAAGCUCAAAUAUAAAUGACUGAAACUGAAUGAGAUGGAGUCAGUCAAUGCGGUGUCGAUGUCUUUAGACUACCUGGUUGCACAACAGGCUCUGAGGUAGUCUCCCAUUUUACCGUUAAGUUUAAUGCUUAUGGACUGUAUUGUGGUUCCCUGUGUGUCUGUGUCUGCAACUUUGCUGCUAUGUUUUUGCUGCUGUCUUAUCCAGGUCUCCCUCAAUUAAGAGAUUUUUAAUCUCAAAGGGACUAACCUGGUUACUGAAGGUUGAAUGAAAAAGAAUGACAAAGUUUUAUUUCAGGAUGUAAUGACUCUACUACCAUGACUCUCUUUCAGCCUGGCUCCGCUGACCUGGUUUCCAUGGCGGCACAGAGGCAAGCUAAAAUCGAGCGGUACCGUCAGAAGAAGGAGCUGGAGGCUCGGCUGUCUGAUGCUCGCAGAGCGGUGGAGAGCGGACAGGCAGAUGAUGAGGUGAGCAGAGAGUUCUACCUGCUGAACGUGAAGAGGUGGAUCGGUGUGAGUCUGGAGGAGAUCGAGAGCAUCGAGCAGGAGGAGGAGAUCCUGAAGAACAUGGACACACUUAGACAGAAUCCCCCGAGGCAGCAGAACCACCCCCCCAGAGCCCCCAUGAAACCCUUCAUCCUCACCAAGGACGCCAUGCAGGUGAGAUUAUGGGGUGCAGUGUUUGUGUGUGUGGAUGUCUCUGUGUGUGGCAGUACUACACCACUUCAACUGCAUCAGUGUUAUCACAGAAGUCUCAGUGAAUACUUUUUAGAAAGUGUCACCCUUUUUUGGGUGGGGAAUGAGAGUCAUUGACUAAAGGAAUAAAUGCUUUAUUUUCAUGUCUGGGUCAUGUUGAGUGUUUGACCACACACAUUUACCAAAAUUACAGGUUAAUUUUGGUUAAUGUGUUAAUGUUAACAUCAUCAAGCAAGCCAAAUCAAAGUAAGAAAUAGCAAACCAUAUUUACCCUCAUAUAUAGAAAUACAGUACAUACAAAUAUAUGUGUAUCGGCAUGUCCCAUCACACAUGAACUCAAGAUACAAGUUCAAACAUUAGAUAGAUAGAUAGAUAGAUAGAUAGAUAGAUAUGUGUCACUUCUUCACUUUCAAAGCUUUGUCUUUACUUUGACGAUAACACUCACUAUGUCAUAUGAAAUGAAAGAAUUUGAGCCCUUUUACUGCUUACGUUUUAUCACAAGCUGGAGAUUGAAUGAAUUAUUCACUCCUUUCAAGCUUUCAUAGAGCGUCCUUUAUAAUGUAAAGACUUGAGCUUUUAUUGUAUUAUGAUCCAGAUUGAUGUCGCUCACUUUUUAUCCCGGCCAUUGUAAACUUUAAAGCACCUGUGCUCACUCAAGACCACAACAGACUCUCUCUCAUUGUGCUCAUGUUGUCCCUCGGCUGUGAAAGAAGAGAGGGAGGGGGUGUUUCAUUUAACCUAUAGGAUGUAAGAGUGGCCAACUAAUUGCACAGUCUUUAUUCUCACAAUUAUAGGAUGGGGAGCCAUAAGCAUAAUCGAUAAGUAAAACCCGAGAAUCACCCAGCUCUAACAGGUGCUGUAGUUAACAGGGUUUGGUUUUGUCCACAAAUCUGUGGGGAUUUACAUACUUUAAAACAGUGCUCUGUCAGCUUUUGUGUUAGCCAGCUGACAUCAGUCUGAUUGGCUGCACGUCAAUCUCAAACCACAUCAGUUUGACACAAAGUGUGUAUUACUCCUAACUUGUCAGCUGAGCUGUCAUGGAAUCUUUUAAAGGUGAACUCUGCCAUUCAAAAACAGAGGGGCGUUCAGUUUUCUACUGUGCAACAGCAGGGGCAGGGAGAUGCAGCCUUGACUUUCCUACGGUGCGGGGAAAGGGAAAACACAGACUAAAAUGAACAUGCCAGUUUGGGACCACACACUUAAGUUUUCUCUGUGUGUUUGUGUGUGUGUUUGUCGUCAGGCUCAGGUGUUCGGUGCCGGCUAUCCCAGCCUUGCCACCAUGACAGUGGACGACUGGUAUGAACAGCACAGGAAACACGGAGCUCUGCCAGAUCAGGGGAUCCCCAGCAGGGUUGCUGUGGAGGAGGACUCUGAAGCCAAAGACAGAGAAGAAGAAGAAAAAGAAAAACUGGCCGAAAAGGAUGACCCGGAGUCUCUGAUGAAGGCCAGGAACUGGGAUGAUUAUAAGGACUCUCACCGCAGAGGAUAUGGAAACCGGCAAAACAUGGGCUGAUCCAGAUCACCUAGACCUGAUCCAGAUCCCCUUGGGCUGGCUUAGGUGUAAUGUGUCCAGGACCUGAGCCUUCUUUGAACUGUUUGUGGGGGGUCACUAACACACCUAUCAGCUAAUUAAUCUGCGGCUGAUUCACUGUUGUAACAUGCUGAUGUCAUUUCCUGUCUGUGUGCGCCAUGUUUGAGUGAAUGUCAAUAAAAGAAUCUGCAGUUUGUUGUUUUAAUUUCAU